ACUUCCCAACCCAAAGGAGCUGCGGAAAGAACCUCCUCUGAAAAACCCCGGACUACAUCCCAGCUUCACUCUCUGCAGGUUGGCUGAUGCAUCAGCUAUGGCUUCAAAGAGGUCAGCUUCAAUACUAAUGACUUCAAUGAUUCUUCUGCACUGGGCAACUGCCUGGUCAAAUCCUUCAACCUCCUUUUUAAGCAAAGAACUACCUUCUGGAAGUAUAGAGAAAACAGAGAAGGCUCUCAACGUUGCAAAGGAAACCCUUUCUCUUUUGAAAGAUGUCAUGGAAAACACUGACUUGAAGAAGCUGUCCACUGCAAUGAAGGGUAUCUCCAUGUUUGCUAGUCUAGCACCAGGAGUUGGAGCUUUGGUCUUCUCUACCAUCAGUAUGGCUCUGGCCUUUAUCCCUGAGGAAGACCCGUUGUUGAAUGAGGUAAAGAGAGGCUUUGCUGAGGUGAACCAGAAACUGGACUCUCUUGCCAUGAAGAUCUCCAAACUGGCAACAGAUGUAGCAUGGUAUAACUAUGCCAGUGCCUACUCUAGAGACGAACUUACCAUCCUCAAUACCUGGGAGAAGUUUAGUGAGUUUAUGCGUAGAACUGAAUCUCAAAGUCCUGAGGAAACAUCAAAAAAUAUUAAAAUAUUUACCAGCUACUAUGAAAGUACAGGAACUGAGGCUAGUGUGUCCAAUCUUUACCGCUACCUGACAGUGGAAAGCACAUCUCUCACUGAAAACCUUAACAAUCUGCUGAGGAAGAAGUUUAAAUGUAAUGUUUAUGAGAUCAGCAGGUAUAGCAUGUACUUCAGCAGCUUGUUUUGGAAGGGGAUGGUGCUGAAUCAGUUUUACUGGAAACUGACUGAAGUCAAAGCAGCGACCAAAGAAGCCGACCAGAUAAAGAUGUUCAAGAAGGUUUCUGAAACUCAGUUAUCAGCUUUGGAGUUCUGCCUCGAAAAUUAUGAAGAGUAUUUAAAGAAAGACGUGGAGGAGAUUGCCAAAGAUUACAUUUCUCACAAAGACAGCGUUGCUGUUAAGGUGAAAGAAGCUUUGGACAACAAGUAUGGCUGGUACAACUGGGUGGUGGUGGUCUUUGACACCAGUGAGUCCAAAAAUCUCAAGCUUUAUACCGAGUUUAAGUUCACCAUAAGCAAUCUUGUACUAGGAGUAGACUAUACUGUAAUGGCAGAUAUGAUAAAUGCUGCAGAAUUACAGAGUACUGCCCGAGAAUGUUUUGAAAACAAGGAUUGUGAAUUUCAGAAAACAGCACAGAGAUGCAGUCAUCGAUGGUAUCCAGACAACCAAGAUGAAGUUGACAUUCCUUUUAAGAAAUAUGCCAAAAUUACACAUGUUGCCUAUAAAAAGCAGUUUGUAGAGGUCCCAUCACCUUUUCAACGAGUGAAGUGUUACUGGACUGGCUAUGAAUCAUGGUUGUCUGUUCAUUAUUCCAGACAAAUCUCUGUCUGUGCCACCAACCAAUGUAAGAACAAUGGGAAAUGCAAGAGAGUACUCUGGUCCAAUGAGUGGCUGUGUGAGUGUCAGGACAGUUACUAUGGAGACACAUGUGAAAAACAAAUGAACAUGACGCUUACCUUUUCCACAGAUUUAACUAGCGCCGUAUUGUCCAAAGAGCAGAUCAUCAUGAUUGCAGUUAUUCUUUCUGUUUUGGUUUUUUUGUUUGUCUUGGUGCUGUUAGUAGUGCUGAAACGAAAAAACUGGUCUUUAUUCCGUAAACAGAACUGUUCAGGUGUGAAGUCUGAAAACAUGGUGGGCAACAGGGUUGAGAAAAUGGUAAGCAGCAGGGCUCAUAGGUUUGAAGAAUUUCAUGAAAUGAGUGAAAGUAUUAAUACCAGAGAGAUAAUGAGAAAAUAAGAGUAGUUAUCCAGUAAAGGCAAGGGCAACUGGUUGUUUCAUAGCAACAUCUACGGUAACUCAAGAUCAUUUUUGUCACUAUCCUAGGGUGAUUUUUGUUUUGUUUUUAUUAUUUCACUGUUUUUUGUUUAUAUCUAUUUAGGUCUGGUCAUGUUCUGUUCACUCCCUGUAUUCAUUAUUAUUCGAAAUUUCCUGACAUAUAGCUGUAUCGCUCUGCAUUCAACUUCAUUCUUAUGUUCUGUUAUUUUUGGCUUUGGAUUUAGUCCAGUCAGAUCAGUAUUGUUAUUGCCAACCUUCAUUUACUGUUUCCUUCAGUUUCAGUUCAGAUCCUAAUAAAAGUUUAUUAUCUAUCAUUAUUCCUGUUUGCUGUCACCCAGCAGCACUUUGUUACUUAUCAACCAUCAGCUAUUUGUAAAUAGUUCCACUAAUCAGUAUUCAAGCUCCUGGAUUUUCUAAGUCCUGCCUUAGCUCUUAGUAGUUGAAUUGUUAUUAAAGUGUAAGUUUUCACUACAGUUUUGCUCCAGAUUUGGGUCCUUUAUACUAUAAAUAUGACACAUUUAUUUUAAAGGAAAAAUCCAGUCACAUUCAAAAUACAAACUUCAAAAGUACUUUAA